AUGAAUGAUACAACUUCUACCAAAAUCUUUGUUGGAGGCUUAGCUUGGGAGACUCAAAGGGACACACUGAGGAGGUAUUUUGAGCAGUUCGGAGAGAUCUUAGAAGCUGUUGUUAUCACAGAUAAGAACACUGGGAGAUCCAAGGGUUAUGGUUUUGUCACAUUCAAGGAUCCAGAGGUAGCAAUGAAAGCAUGUCAACACCCCUAUCCAAUAAUUGAUGGAAGGAGAACAAAUUGCAACGUUGCAUCUAUUGGUGCAAACAAGAAUCGCACGCAGGCUCCACAACAUGGUGCAGGUCGGUUCAGAGCAGCACCUGGUUUCUUGGCUUCACCUCUUUAUCAUGGCCCUUCCUCCACAUUGGUCCAUCAAAACAAUGGAGAAUACACAUUUCCUAAUUCAACUUUUGGAUACAUUGGACAUUCACAUGACAUGAUGUACCCCAUGAACUGUUAUGAGAUUCUUGGAGGGCAACAGUUCCCAACUCACUACCCCUCCAUUGGGGCAUCUGGACCAAUCUUUGUCCAUAACAUUUACCCUUUUUCUGCUCAGUAUGCACACAAUAGCCAUGCUCAAGGUUUUGGAGUUCAAUAUCCGCAAAUGAUGCAAUUUUCAGUUAUUCAUAGGCACCAUGGCUCAUAUACUAUCCAUGCAUUUCCUUCUUCAAUGGAUUUGCCAGCUAUUAGUGCAGAUGCUCCACCACAAACCACUGAAAAAACUUCUGAACAAGAUUCUUCAGCUGAAUCCUUACAUAAAUAA